GCGUCUAGAUGAAGAUAUCGCAUUCCAGAUAAGGGAAUCGGCAAUGGACUUUCUGCUUACUUCAUUCAGCUUAUGCAAUCCAGUAAAAUUGCUUUAUUUUUACUUUACACUUAGCAUAAAGUACAACUAGCGAAAAUGGAACCGGACUGGACAACUAAUGAAACUUAUCGUGCAAUUCCGCAGAUGGAGGGAGGAGAUCCUGCGCAACAAACCAAAGAGCCCACUAAAACGCCGAUUAAAACGAAAUACGAUUCUAACAACAUGUUUACGCAAAGCAUAUUCGAUCUAACACUCAUCACCACCAACAUUUGCCAAAUAUGCUACAUCCUGAAAGUGGGUCCAGAACUAGGUAUUCUCUAUUACAUAAUGCUAAUUUUACUUGGCAUUUCACUUUUUAUGCUGUCUAUCCACGGUUUCAUGGGUCUUUUCGGAAGACUUCGCUGUAAAAACCCACUGUCUGACGGUUGUUUCAACUGCCUGUACAACACGUCACUGUUCAUGGUUGUGCUCGUGUAUUUGGUGAAUCUUCUGUUCAAUGUGUUAAGCCUGAAAGAAAUCGAAGACAAAUGCCAAAUAAUCGUCAAUCACAUGAAAAAUAGAACCGGGGAUUAA